CAAGCCACAGGCGUGUGCCCGCGCGCGCGCGCCCGUGGGCGUCGGCCGACCCCCCAGCGGGCCGAUGCCCGCGCCCGUCGGGCGCGCCGCCGCAGCCUGGGCUUCGGGGGGCCAGCCUGCCUGCUGCCCAUGCCGCCGGGGCAGGGGCGACGGCGGGGCCCGCCGCUGGGCGCAGCAGCUGCACCAGGCCGCCGCAGUCGCCCGCGCGCUGCUCGCCGCCGGGCUGCUGAUGGCGGCCAUGGCGGCGGCAGAGGGGACGCCAGGGUCUCCCAGGGCGGUUCGCCGCGUCGUGGCGUUUGGCGUCGCAUCGCCGCGGAUGCCCGCGGCAGAGGCCAGACAGGUCCUCGGCGUGAAGUCUGGGGCCACGCGCGACGAGGUGAAGAAGGCUUACCGCCUCAAGAUCGCCCAGGUGCAUCCAGACAAGACGAGGGACGGCGGCCAGAUGCUGCUGCGGGUGCAGCAGGCCAUGGCUGCGCUGGAGGAGCCGUCGGCGCUGGAGCAGUCGCCGGACUUGGAUCAGGGCUCGCGGGCCACAGCCGCACGCGCCCAGUCGGCCGACCAGGACGGGAGCACAAUCGACCUCAAGUUCAGGAAGAGCCUCGUCGACUGGGCCUCCAGCUCACUGCAGAGAGUCAGGUGGUCGACGGAGUGCCCGAGCUUGGCGGCCUUCCUGGAGAAGCCCAACGCGAAGGCCCUCGCGGUAGGCGAGCGCACGGGGGCACAGCGCUCGCAGCCCUGGGCCGCCGUCUGGGGCAAGGACUCCCAGGCCGAGGCCAACGGCGAGGCCCUGCGGGUCUGCCGGGAGCGCGGCGGCGCGAGGUGCCGCCUCGUCGACCUGGGUGCCGCCGCGCGGCAGAGGGGCCACCGGCCGACGCAGGCGGGCCAUGAGGAGGUUCCGGGCUUCGGUUGGAUGCCGCUGAUCGACCCGAAGAAGGAGAGGCUGGUCGGAUACAAGGUCGUCAGCGUCGGCGAGGGCUCUGACGCCGAGGCGCGCGUGCGGGUGCCAGUGUUCCGGCUGAGGGCCGGCAGCGGGCCGUAUUACUACACGCCCGCGAGGCCGAAGCAGCGGGUCCACCUGGCCGGCGGCAGGACGUAGUCGAGCGGCCCCUCGGACGGGCGCCCUGACCACGCGCCUCGCUUCUGCCAGAAGGCCCGCAACCGAGGCCUGGACCACCCGUGGGAGUAGUCCCAGAGGCACCGAGGAGGGAGG